CUCAAUGGAUGUGCGCGUGAACAAUCGAGUGCCGGCGAUGAUUGCCAACUUGCGAUUUAUCCAGUGGAUCACGGCUAUCCUCGUUAUUUUACGCCUCGCUCCUGGAACGGAAGGCAUCCAGUUGCUGCAGGUAUCUGUGCCCAGCGUGAUUCAAGCGGGUGAAGGAGCGGCCCUGCUAUGCGACGUCGACAUGGAGAACGAGCGGCUCUACUCCGUCAAAUGGUACAAGGACGACGAGCUGCAAUCAGUCGAGUUCUUCCGGUUCGUUCCACGAGAAACACCGCAGUUGAUCGUUUACGAUCUGCCAGGUGUUAAUGUCAACAAAACCUUGUCAGACUGGCAGCGCGUUUACCUGUCCCGCGUCAGUUUGGCUAGCAGCGGCCACUACAGAUGCGAGGUAUCUGCUGAAGGCCCAAGCUUUUCAUCAGUCAGUGGCGGUGGUCACAUGGAGGUGGUGGUACUCCCGAAAAAAAGGCCAACCAUCACAGGGGGUAAGAGUAGCUAUAGAGCCGGUGAUUUAGUCGACGUGAACUGCACCUCGGCCGCCUCGAAGCCGGCCGCCAACAUCCGCUGGUUCAUCAAUGAAAGAAAGGCCAAUGCCAAUUAUAUUCGGCAAUAUAAAGCCGUGUUCGGGGACGACGGGUUAGAGACGACCGUGCUCGGCUUAACUUUCGAAGUUCACGAAAGCCAUUUGCAAAACGAAGGGAAACUAACGCUGCGCUGUGUGGCUUCGGUCAAUUCGAUACCUUCGGACAACUCGCAUCACAACCAGUACCUCAGUAACAACAACAACAACAACAAUCCACCACCAGCAGCCUCCACUGCAUCGUUGGGCGGCUAUGAGCGGGGAGCGGGAAGAACGAACCCGACGGAGCACUUCUACAACCCGAUUAUUGAAACUAUGUCCAUGGUCUCAGAAGUUCGCUUCGAAGCGUCUAGUGCGUCACCAUCGUCGAUGUAUAUUGGCCCCCGCUGCUGGAUGAGUCUCAUUUGCGUGCUGCUUUCAUCGAUGGUUACUACGAUUGUCCGGCUACCUGGAUCGCUAUAGGAGAUCUCCUAGCGCAUCAUCAACCCCCCCCCCCC